AUGCCUCCCUCCACCAAUGAUGGCAGUGAUGGUGGAAGUUCUUCGCAGCUGACACGUUCAGCAAGUUAUAACUAUAUUCCGGCUCUCAUUCCAGACGGAGAUGGUACCCUUAUGAGGAAAACGCUUUCUGAGGUUAAUCUAACACACUCGACCGACCAGCAGACACACUCACAAAAGACCGAGGAUUUUGCAACGGGAAAAGAGAUACUGCGCCAAUCGUCUCUUCGUUCUAAACGUAAGAAUGGUUCCACAUUCACUCUGGGAGAUGAUGAUGGAAACAGAGCGAGCAUGGCAAACGGCGGGAGUGCCAGGACUACUGAAUCGACGGACCGCUCGCGGAAAACGAAAACCGUAGCUGGUGCUUUAGCAAGCUUGACUCGUAAACCAUGGAAAACCUCGAGAUCUCCUUCGCCAUCCCAGUCCAACAAAGAUAUGAUACGGCGUUUAGGGCGCUCAAAUGGACAGAUCUCCCCAGCUGAAAUCGAAACAGCAAUACAUGACAACACGCUUACAGAACCAGUUAAAGAUAGCGGGAAGUAUAAGGCCAAUGAUCCAGCUAGAACAACCGCUGUUUUGACCAAACGAAAUAAACGGCCGCUCAGCGUAACUGCAGCAAAAGACCAAAAUGACAAGCCUCCUUCUGUUUCUAGAAGCCCUUCUAUUCGAUCAUUGCGCCGGAAAUCCUCUUUAGAACGCCUAGCAGCGUCUGUCGGGCUUUCCAGACAAGAUAUCCCUCCAAUUCCACAGAAUUCUCCACCAGAGGUAACCAAACUGAAACCGGAACAGCCACGGAAAAGGGAUGAGCUAUGGAAUGUAUUCAGAGGGCUCGAUGCAGAUUUUCAAAAAUAUCAAUCAAAAUCUAGUUCCCUUAAAGUCAAUGUUAUCCGCUCCUCUCUUCUUCCAUGCCUUUCGCGCUAUGCCAACCAUCCGUCCAACGCACAGCUACGGCCCGAAGACCUAGAUCGACGUGUGAACAUAUUGAACAAAUGGUGGACUGGUUUGUUGGAAACUCUCAGUGGGAGAACAAGCAAUUCCAUAACGGGGGUAGACAGGCCUGUUUAUCUCGAAGCCAUUACAGCUAUAAUGAUGAGACCCGAAUGGCGAGCACCGACCUCUCCAAGUUCACCAGGUGCAACCCCAACUCAAAAGUCGGAUUUUACUCGAAAAUCCAAUACGUCCCUCGAGUCUACAGGGUCAGACUUCCUGGUCGAUUCCAUUCAUCACAAUGUCCGUAACAUACUUUCCCAGAACUUGCUUUCUCAGCUAUCAUAUUGCAUUGAUAAAAUGUCUACAAGGCACACACCUGCAAGCUUGGUUUCAUUCGCAGGAAAAUCAUGCGCAUACGCUUUCUUUUUCUGCCGGGAUGUGUGCGAUCUACUCGUGCGAUUGUGGAAUAUUGGGCCUGAAUUGAUACGGAGGGUCAUCAGUCAGUUCAAAUCAGAGGGAAACCUAUCGACCAGGAAUGCAAUGUCUGAACAAAUCGCAUCUCACUUCCCGCCGGUGGUGAGAGGAUUAAGUUUCACUUCGCAUGCUGCCUUGGUUCGUAAUAUGCGCCGGAACGCCUCCGUUCCUUUGGCUGCGUCCAACAUCAACUGGUUUGGACCGUGGGUCUCCAGAUGGUGUGGGCGAGAUACUGACCUGUUUUUCGUUUUUGUGAAGCAUUUCCACAUUCUGGUUGCAGAGUUUUUGCCCGCGGGAACGGAUUUUACAAAACGUAUAUAUGUUCCUGGUCUGGUGCCGGUGCAUGCUCAAAUGCUAGUAGUCCUGGAGAGCACGCUCAGUAAACAGUCUAACCCCCAAAUUCCGGAUAAUAUCAAUGGCCCUGCGACGACUACAUUUGAAGAUUUUAUCGACGGAGCAGAGGCCACAGCAACUGGCUUCCCUCUGGGGGCUACGAAUUCUUUGCGAAUCAUGUCUGAGAAUCGGCUGAUUUUAAUACUGAAACACAUCCUCCUGGACAACUCCGUGCCGUCGGAUACGAAGCAAUUUUUCCUUGAGACAUUCUGUGGAAUUCUCAAGCUGGCCGCUCGGAAAACCUCACUUUUUGACCAUGGACCAUGCUUUGUACUUUGCGACUUUGUUGAAGAGCUCCUCCCAAUCAUCCCUCCUUAUUGCAAAUCGACUGGCCAAGCCGAUAUACUAGACUGGGACUUUUGGCUUGAAGUUUGCAAGCAAAUGAUGAAAAGCAGAAAUGUCGUUACUGAAGUACGAGCUUUUGCUUUUAUAUUCGCUGCUUGGGAUGCUAUCAAUGGCGUGGAACUGAGAAAAGAGCUAUUAUGCUUAGGAAUGCUGUUACAGGAAAAGCUCUUUUACCACUACUUCAGCCACUGGAGCCCCAUGAUCCGGUCCUACUUCCACCGGUUGAUAUGCUGGAGACUAGCACGAUUAAAUGAAAACCCUUCGGCUUUGGAUAGACGAAUAUACAAUACUUUGUCCAGCCGGCUAAGUGAAAUCUGGAGUUACUUUCUGUCUUAUCAAUCGAAAGCGGAAAAACAACUCACAGCGCCCCUCUCCGCAGUUCCUUCACAGCCACAAACGAAGAAGCGAUGGAAAGUCUUGAGGUCGAUAUUCGGCAAUGGCUCCAAUCCAAAACCCGGUGAAAUCUACCUGCAAUCAACCCGCAACGUGGCUAUCAGCAGUUCUGACUCUGGGUCUGGAUCUGUGUCGAGGUCCAUAUCUGAUACAAGUUCCGUCCUUGAAUCUGAUACUGACUACAUGGAGGACGUCUCGAACGCUCCAACCACGGCCACUUCUCCUCCAAUCGUCGGCUCUGGUUCCACGAAAGAAAUGCCCUUUGCGCCAUUCCAAUGUCCUAGCAACAACUACUCCUUCUCCAGUAAAUAUGCCGGUCGAGCUUUGGCAGAAUGGAGCUUGGUUGUUUCCGAAUGUGAUUGCUUUUUCCAGAGAAGACGAGAUGAGGGCGUUCCGUAUGAUAACUUGGUCGAGAUUCCAAUGCUAGGCGUCGAGAGCUUUAGGAAAUAA